AUGGUCGAAAUUGGUGGUGUACAAAUAAAGGCGAUCAUUGAUUCCGGUUCAAGCUGCAACAUUGUGGAUAGGAAAACGUGGGAGUUCUUGAAACGAAAUGACAUAAAAUGCAGGGACGAGCCAAGGAAAACAGAACUGUAUGCCUAUGGAUCUAAGGAACCACUGAAGACUGCUGGUGUAUUUUGGUCAACGAUUGUUUACAAGGGUGUAGCGGUAGAUGACGCAGAAUUUGUUGUCAUUGAGGGAUCUGGACAGUCCUUAUUAAGCUGUGAUACAGCUAUGCGACUUGGCGUACUUAAAAUAGUGCGUCAAAUGGAAACCCCGGGAAUAUCGGAUGUUGUUAAUAAUUACAACGAAUUAUUUACGGGACUUGGAAAACUGAAAGGUUAUCAACUUGAAGUGCCCAUUGACCAGGCUGUAACACCUGUAGUGCAACCGACCAGACGCGUGCCAUAUCAGUUACGAGAAAAGUUGGAAGCUAAAAUCAAAGAAUUACUCGACUCAGAUGUCAUUGAACCCGAUGUGAGAGGGUUUUUUUCUAUACAGAAUAAGGUCUCGACCAAAUUCAGGAACAGGUUAACUGUUGGGAAACAAGAUAAACUCAUGAGAGUGAAGUUGUGCCCGGAAUGA